AUUGUGGGAGGGGGAUUGUUGCACGCAGGAAGCAGCCUCCAUCUUAGGGGCUCUCCAGCCAGACGCUCGGCGGCCCGGCCCGCAACGAGACCCCGCAGCCCUGCUCCUUUCCGCGCCCGCCUCUUCCGCGCGGCCGCGCGCCCCGCCCCGCCCCCCGGCGUCCCGCCUCGCCGGCGCUGUGAGCAGAGCGCGAGGCGGCCGGCCCCUGAGGGGAGGCGGCGGCGGCGGGAUGGCGGCGGACAGCCGGGAGGAGAAAGAUGGUGAACUGAAUGUUCUGGAUGACAUUUUGACUGAUGCUCCAGACCAAGAUGAUGAGCUGUAUAAUCCUGAUAGUGAGCAAGAUAAAAAUGAGAAAAAGGGAUCAAAAAGAAAAAGUGACAGGAUGGAAAGUGCUGAAAGCAAAAGACAGAAGCCUUCUAUGCAUUCAUCAAGGCAAAUGAUGCCAAAGCCGCCUAGCUCAUCAGUUAGCAAUAAUAAAAGAAUGGUGAGUACAAAAGGAAAGCCACUGUCGGAGUACAAGAAUGAGGAAUAUCAGAGGUCUGAUAGAAACAAGCGCCCAGAUGAUCGAAAGACCCGUAUGUCAAGCGGCAGUUCAAGGGAACCAUAUAAAGGACAACUUGAAAAGACUUGCAUGAGGAGAAAAGAUGUUGACAGAAGGGCAAAGUCUUCCACACCAGAUGGUUCUGAGAGAAUUAGGCACGACGUAGAUCGAAGACUGAGCAGAUCCAGCCAUUCUUCUAAAGAAGAGGUGAACUCUGAGGAAUAUGGCUCAGAACAUGAGACUGGCAGCAGCGGUUCCUCUGAGCAAGGGAACACAGAAAAUGAGGAGGAAGGAAUGGAAGAAGAGGAAGAUGAUGAAGGGGAGGAGGAUGAAGAGGUAGAAGAAGAAGAAGGGGAGGAGGAGGAAGAAGAAUAUGAACAAGAUGAGAGAGAUCAGAAGGAAGGAAAUGACUAUGACACACGAAGUGAAGCCAGUGAUUCUGAUUCUGAAUCCGCAUCCUUCACAGAUGGGUCAGUCAGAUCUGGUUCUGGCUCGGAUGCUUCAGAUGAGAAAAAGAAGGAAAGGAAGAGAGCUAGAGGUAUCUCUCCAAUUGUUUUUGAUAGAAGUGGAAGUUCUGCAUCAGAAUCAUAUGCAGGUUCAGAAAAGAAGCAUGAGAAAUUAUCAUCUUCCGUUCGUGCUGUCCAAAAAGACCAAACCAGUAAACUUAAAUAUAUUCUCCAAGAUGCAAGAUUUUUUCUCAUCAAGAGUAACAACCAUGAAAAUGUUUCACUUGCCAAAGCUAAGGGUGUUUGGUCAACUCUUCCAGUGAACGAGAAGAAGCUUAAUGCUGCAUUUAGAGCAGCAAGAAGUGUUAUUUUAAUAUUUUCUGUGAGAGAAAGUGGAAAAUUCCAAGGAUUUGCAAGGCUCUCGUCUGAAUCCCAUCAUGGAGGAUCCCCAAUACACUGGGUUCUGCCUGCAGGAAUGAAUGCUAAAAUGUUGGGAGGUGUCUUUAAAAUUGACUGGAUUUGCAGGCGUGAAUUACCCUUCACUAAAUCUGCUCACCUGACCAAUCCUUGGAAUGAACAUAAACCAGUAAAGAUUGGACGUGACGGACAGGAAAUUGAGCUUGAAUGUGGAACCCAGCUUUGUCUCCUAUUCCCUCCUGAUGAAAGCAUUGACUUGUAUCAAGUCAUUCAUAAAAUGCGGCACAAGCGACGAAUGCAUUCACAGCCCCGAUCAAGAGGACGUCCAUCCCGUCGAGAACCAGUCCGGGAUGUGGGAAGGCGUCGACCAGAGGAUUAUGAUAUUCAUAACAGCAGAAAGAAACCAAGGAUUGACUAUCCCCCUGAGUUUCACCAAAGACCAGGGUAUAUAAAGGAUCCCAGGUAUCAAGAAGUAGACAGACGAUUUUCAGGAGUUCGCCGAGAUGUGUUUUUAAAUGGGUCCUACAAUGAUUACGUGAGGGAAUUCCACAGCAUGGGACCACCGCCACCAUGGCAAGGAAUGCCACCCUAUCCAGCUAUGGAACAGCCUCCCCAUCACCCUUAUUAUCAGCACCAUGCUCCUCCACCUCAAGCUCACCCUCCAUACUCAGGACACCACCCUGUACCACACGAUGCAAGAUACCGAGACAAACGAGUACACGACUAUGAUAUGAGGGUAGAUGACUUUCUGCGUCGCACACAAGCAGUGGUCAGUGGUCGGAGAAGCAGACCUCGUGAGAGAGAGCGGGAGAGGGAGCGCGAUCGUCCCAGAGACAACAGGAGAGACAGAGAACGGGGACGGGAUCGGGAAAGGGAGAGAGAGAGAAUUUGUGAGCGGGACAGAGACAGGGGUGAAAGAGGCAGAUAUAGAAGAUAAUCCAUCUGGAACCAGUGGUCAUUUGAAACAGAACAACAAAGCUUGUAUUUUUUUGUGUGUUUACAAGUAGUACACUUUAUUUUCAGCUGUCUACUUAAAGUUUGUUGUGUAGAAGGUUUUACAAUGACCCUCUUUGUUCCAAGCAUGCAGUAAACUAUGAACUGGAAAAACUCAAUCAGCCAAAAGAAAAAAUGCACAAAGUUGAUAUUUGAGUUGACCUUUUUAUUGGAGAAUGGGAAACAGUUAAGAAUGUAGAUAUUGGUUCCUUUUCAAUAAGUGUUCAUCUACUUCUAGUGACUUCAUCCUAGGGUUUUUUAAAUAUUGAUGGAUAACUGCCAUAAUUUUUUUUUUUUUGCUUUAUUUUCUUACAUGUCGUUUCACAUGGUUCAGUGGAAAAAAAGCUGCUAUCAGGUAACGCACCGAUGGAAGUGUGAUGCUUUGCCCGUGGGGCAGUGCUGUAGCAGCCUUUUGCUUUCCUGGUUUCUAACCCCUUCGCUGUAGAGUGUUUUGUCAGUCUUCGAUAAUGAAAGCAAUAUUAAGAAGACACUAUUGAUAGCUAAUUUUUAAUCUUUUUAAAAAUCUUCCUGUGUUCAGUAACCUUCUGGUCCAUGCUGUUGUCUAGCCUCUCUCUAAAAUGUACACAUUGCUUGGAAUGGUCACAGUUUGCGUGUGUGGAAGCAGAAAAUGUGGCUGUAUUCUACAUUGCUACUGUUUUUUAUAAAAAAAAAUAAUAAUAAUAAUAAUAAAUUGGUAACAAUUGAAACCAUUGAAA